ACGUCAGCUACCGUUAGCAAGCAAGCGGCUAUAUUAGCUGUCUGGUCCUAUGCUCCUAGCAAACGUUAACGCCUCGGUUCGGCGUUUUAAACUCUUUAUAAACAAACCGAGAAAAAACAGGGGUGGCACAGAGAAGCGAAUGUGGAAGUUGUAGUUUAUACCUGAGCCUGACAGCAAGCUAAGUUAACGGCGGUAGCAACAGCUAACGUGUUUGAACGGCGAGAUGUUAAAGUUACCGCCAAUCCGCACGGACGUUUAUUGUGAAGGACCGAGCGACACAUCAACAGCAUCAGCCCGGACAGCAUGGAGGACAGGAUAAAUUGGUACUCGGACAGGCGGAGGCAGUGCAGAUAUGAGUGACGUGGCUGAGGAAGCAAUGGACAGCUCUGCGGUGUCUGAGGAAGAAGUGGAGGACCAGCAGGAGACGUCACAGGAAGACCAGUCGAGUGUUAACAAAAGCUCCUCCAAGAUAUCCGCUGCAGGUGAAAUCAUUGAGGGUAAGCGGGCGAAGAAGACAGUCGAGAGGCUCGAUUUCCAAGCGCCGAAGCAAAAGGAGAAGAUCAAGAUUGGAGAGGGUAGUGGAGAUAAAUUAGGAGACAUUCCACGCACCGGCUACCAGAUCACCAAGAUGAAGCCCGCUGACCUGAAACCUCUGCACGUCAUCCUGUUUGACAGACCAGGAAAGAUGGCCACAUUAAAGAAGAACUUGCGUCUGUUUAACGGCUUUCCUUUUGACGCAGACAGCGAACAGUACACCAAAAAACGUGAAAAACUUCUCAAGUAAGUUUUUGGGCAGAGACGGAGAGAAAGAAG